AUGUUUCUGAAAUUCUUAUUCUUCUUGUUCUUGCAGUUCUCUUGGUUAAUCCUAACAUCAUCAGCAUCAACUCCAUUACCCCAAGCAAAGCCUGGUUGCACUGCGGAAUGCGGUGACCUUACCAUUCCUUACCCGUUUGGCAUAGGUCCAAACGAGAAUGGGUGUUCGCUUACGGGAGUUGAAGCACUUCCUUACAACAUUACAUGUGAUACCACAUAUGAUCCUCCCAAACCCUUCAUUGGAAUCGGUAGAAACAAUACUGCAGGUCUAGAUCUUAGGGUCGAAGUUAUAAGUAUAUCAAAAGCUGAAUUUCGCGUUAAAAACUCGCCAGCUACAAGGUGUUAUGAGUACGAAAGCGGUGAACUAACCCUAGAUGAAGGUGCACGUGUAAUGAAUUUCAAUGCAACUCCAUUUACAGUUUCAUAUACGAAGAACAGAUUUUUUGGUCUCGGUUGUGAUACAUUGGCUCUCAUUUACGAACCGAUUCUUAACUUUACAACAGAUUGUAGUACAAUAUGCAAAACUUCGGCCAAUAUUAUAGAUGGGUCUUGUUCUGGGAGUGGAUGUUGUCAAACAAAAUUACCUAAAGGUGUAAAGGUUUUUGCAGGAGUGGUUAUUUCAAGAAAUACAUCAUCAGAAUCUUUUUCUUUUGAUCCUUGUAGCUAUUCGUUUAUAGGCGAGUCUGAGAAUUAUACAUUCAGCGCUUCAGACUUGAAGGGUGGAAGUUUUUAUGAUAAAGCGAAAGAUGUACCAGUUGUUCUUGAUUGGGCAAUAGGUACCAAAACUUGUGAAGAAGCGCAACAAGAUAUGUCUAGUUACGCAUGCCAGAAGAACAGUACAUGUAGCAAUUCAGGCAAAGUUCCCGGAUAUCUUUGUACAUGCAUCGAAGGUUUUGAAGGGAACCCCUAUCUCAGCCCUGGAUGCCAUGAUGUAAAUGAAUGUGAGGAUCAAAGCAACAAACGUUGCGAAGGAAUUUGCACAAAUACCAUCGGAAGCUAUGACUGCUCUUGUCCAAAAGGAAGCCACGGUGAUGGCAAGAUAAGUGGAACUGGAUGCAUUCGCGAUAGAAAAGAAUUUCCAAUAAUAAUAGUUGCAGUUGGUGUUGGCUUAGGGUUCUUAUUUAUGAUACUAGCUGGCUCGUUCUUAUAUUUGAGGAUAAGGAAAAGACAAUUUAAGAGUCUUAACGAUAAAUUCUUUAACCAAAACGGCGGUCUGUUAUUGAAACAGCACAUUUCAUCCUACGAAGGUGUUGUGGGGGCUACAAAAAUCUUUUCAGCUGAAGAAUUAGAAGCAGCAACCAACAAUUAUAGUGAUGAAUUGAUUCUUGGUAGGGGAGGCUUUGGAACAGUUUAUUUGGGAACUUUGUCAGACAAACGUAAAGUUGCCAUUAAAAAGUCGAAAGUAAUUGAUAAGAGCCAAAUUGAACAAUUCAUCAACGAGCUUGUUAUCUUGGCUCAGGUUAAUCAUAGAAAUGUGGUGAAGGUUUUGGGAUGUUGUUUGGAAACUGAAGUUCCUUUGCUUGUGUACGAGUACAUUUCUAAUGGAACUCUCUUCCAACACAUCCAUAAAAAGGUGGAAGGGAUGUCAUCAUCAUUCUAUGUGGAUGGAAUGUCAUCGCAGUUCUCACUUUCUUGGAGAAAUCGUUUGAAGAUUGCAACCGAAAGUGCAGGAGCGCUCGCGUAUUUGCACUCAUCCACUUCUAUACCCAUCAUUCAUAGGGAUAUUAAGUCAGCCAAUAUACUCCUCGAUGAUAACUACACUGCAAAAGUAUCGGAUUUUGGAGCAUCAAGGUUGAACACGUUGGGUGAAACCCAAAUAGAUACACUAGUUCAGGGGACAUUGGGGUAUUUAGAUCCAGAAUACUAUCAAACAAGUUUAUUGACAGAUAAAAGUGAUGUUUAUAGCUUUGGUGUAGUUCUUGUCGAACUCUUAACAGGAGAAAAACCCAUUUCUCUUAAUCGACCACAAGCACAAAGAAGUCUUGCUUCAUUUUUCCUAUAUGCCAUGGAGAGAAAUGAUGUCUUUACGCUUAUACAACCUCGAGUGGCAAAUGAAGGGAAUCACGGACCUAUCAUUGCAGUUGCGGAGCUUGCAAAGAGAUGCCUGAACAUGAAAGGUGGAGAACGACCAACGAUGAAGGAAGUUGCUGCAGAGCUAGAAAGUUUGAGUAAACUAGAGUCAUAUCCAUCAGGAGUUCAUAAUCAACCAAUCUAUGAAGAAGAGCCCAAUGUUAUUAUUAGUGAGCCCAUAGACCUCUAUUCUGCACCAAUAAACUCCAAUAUUUCCGGUGAUUCUGGUCUAUACAUUGGGUUGGCUUUUUUUCCACAGCAUCUUGUUGCUCUUAAUCUUGAUGUACGAUUUGAAUCUGUAUCUAUCUUAUUGUUCUUGCAUCUCUCAAGGCUUACCCUAACAACAUCAUCACCAUUAACUCCAUUGCCAUUAACGAAGCCUGGUUGCCAAGCAAAAUGCGGUGACUUCACAAUUCCAUACCCGUUUGGUAUAGGUCCUAGCGAGAAUGGGUGUUCCUUUACUGGAGAUGGAGUACAGCGUUACAACAUUACAUGUGAUACAUCUUUUAACCCUCCAAAGCCGUGCCCACUUCAAAAUCAUCUCAGUCUCCACCACUGUCUCUUACCGUCUGCUCUCAUGAUGUCUGGCACAGCCGUCUUGAUCAUCCUGGACAAGCUAUUUUAA